AUGUAUAAAUAUACGUCAAUAAACAAAUCUGAUAAAAUAUAUGAAACACAUAAUAUGGAAGAAAAAAAAAAAAAAGGUAAUAAUAACAAUUUCUCAGGAUUAUUAAAUAAUGAAAUCGAUGAUAAUAAUAAAAAGGAAAAGUUAAAAAAUAGUAUAUCUAAAAUGUAUAGUAACCAUAAGAAUAGAGAAAAUUUUAACGAAUGUGAGAAGGAAGACCUUGUUGUGAUAGAUGAAAAGGAUAAUAAUAAAAAGAAAAAAAAAAAUAUGACAAAUACAUUUGAACAAGAUAAUAAUUAUAAUAUGAAUGAUAAUAAAAGGUUAGGUAGCUUUUUUAAAAUAAAUGAUAAAUGUGAAUCUAUUAAUGAGAAUGUUAAUAAUAUUAAUAAACAGUCUCUUAAGGAUUCUAUACUAUUUGACAAUAUAAAUGAGAAAGAAUAUUUUAACGAAACCAAAGAAGAAAAUAAGGAAGGAAAUAAAAGUAAUGAUAUAGAAAAGAUAAAUUGUAUGAAAGUGAAGAAGAAAACUGUUAAAAAGAAUAAAAAGAAGAUUAAUAAAAUUAUAAACAAUAAGAAUAAAAUAUCUAAAUCAAAUGACAUAGAAGAACAAAUAAUUAAUAUUAGUAAACAUAUAUAUAAAAUAUUAAAUAUAUCCAAAUUACCAAAAUGUGAUAUAUUAAAAAGAACAAAUAGAAGAUAUGCUGAAACAUUUUUAUAUUUAACUAAUGGUUAUAAUCUGGAUAUAGAACAAAUAAUAAAAAGAUCUUUAUAUAAAAGGAUGUAUAAAAAUAAUUCAAUAAUCAAAGUUACAGGUAUACAUAUAUAUUCAUUAUGUAAACACCAUCUUUUACCUUUUGAAGGUACAUGUGAUAUUGAGUAUAUACCCAAUAAAUAUAUUAUCGGGUUAUCUAAAUUUUCAAGAAUAGUUGAUGUCUUUUCUAGAAGAUUACAAUUACAAGAAGAUUUAACUAACGAUAUUUGUAACGCUUUAAAAAAAUACUUAAAACCAUUAUAUAUUAAAGUAUCUAUUGUAGCUAAACAUUUAUGUAUAAAUAUGAGGGGAGUUAAAGAGCACGAUGCUAAAACUAUAACGUAUGCAUCUUAUAAAGCAGAAAAAGAGAAUCCUACAGUUCAUUCUUUAAAUAUUGACUCUUCUGUGGAAAAUUUAAAUUAG